AUGUAAGAAGCUAGUUAUGAACUGAAUUUGGAACAUAAGCAUAUUUAGAAAUAGCUAAUUGUGAUUUUUAAGGAAAUAGAGGAAAAUAAUCUAAUAGAGAGUGAUGACAUUUUAGAUGAUUUAACUCCACUAAUAGGAUAAUUAGGUGAAUCGGAUAACAAUAAAGUACGCUAUUCCAUAAACAAAUAUUUUAAAGGCUAUGAAUUUGUUAAACAUUUUAAGAUCGAAUUUAUUGAUGAUUAAUUAUAGGAAUAAAUAGAUUACAUCUAAAUGUACAUUUAAGAUAGAAAAAAUAAUAACUAUGAAUCAAUUUUAUAAAAUUUGAAAGAGUAAAAAUAUAGGAAUAACAAUCAGAUUCCAGAAGAAUUUUAAUUAAAUUGCUAAUUGCUUUUCAAACUGGAAAGGUAAUCUUUAUUAGUUUUUGAUUUACUUGACUAUCAAUUGGACAAAAAGGAAUUAACACAAUUUGAAGUCUUGAAAACAUUAUUAGAUCUAUUUUAUAGUAGUUUAAUAUUUAAUGAUACUGAAUCAAUUGCAUUUGAUCAAUUAGUUGGUUCCUUGUUAUUAAAUUAGGUAUUUGAAAUAUCUUAUUACAUUGACAAGUUAAAGUAGAAUGAUUCAACAAAUUUUAAGAAUUUUGUCUUCUGGAUAUAAUAACAACAAUUGAGAAUUGUAAAUGAUUCUAACAAUGACUUCUAGAUGUUCUAGUAAGCAAAUGAAGAAUAUAAAAAUUUAUUAACAAUUUUUAAUGAAGAUAUAUUAAACAUAAGACAAAGCUUAUAACUCUUUAUUAGUGAAUUAGUUUAGGUUCCGGCUGAAAAAUGUUCAUUUUUAUAAAUUUUAUCUCAUAUAAAUAAUAUAGAAAAUAUAAAUGAUGAACUUAACCAUCUAAAAUAACACAUUGUUUUGUUUUAUCUGAAAUAGUACUGUACUAAAUUUAAUUUUUAAUUUGAUUUAAAGAGCAAGGAGGAUUAUUUGUUAAGUUCUACUAAUAAUGAAAGAAGAUUGAAAUAUAUUGAAAGAUAUUUCAAUAGAUAGAAAUCUAAUACAUAAGAGACAAUAUAUUUAUUUGUUAUUCAUAGAAUUUUUUACUUUGUAGAAAAUAUAGAUGAUAUUCUAGGCAAAGAGAACUAUCAAAAUUUUGUAAAAAAAAUGGACUUAAAUUUUACAAAGUAUUAGAAUAUUAAAUAAGCUAACCCGUUAAAAAUAAUUUAAGAUAAAGAGAGGUUUUUUGAAUAUUGGAAUAUCAUCCAUAAAUUACAGUUUUGUCGACAAUAAAGUUUACAGCAAAAUAAUUUAAAUUUGCAUUUAAUUACAUGUCUUCUUUGGAUAACCAAACAGCAUGAUAAUUUUUACAAUAUUUUGAAUAUUAUUUUGUCGAAUAAGGCUAAAUCAUUAGUAUAAGCUACAUAAUUAAUACAGCAAAAUAUUAGUUCUAUUGAUACAUGUAUUAAUAGAUUUUAUGAUACUGCUUUCAAAACGAAUUUACUAAAAAUAAUAUAUACAUAAUUUCCUCAUGAAGAAGGCAACUAUUAAUUACUUUAAAACUUACUUCUAAAUUAUGGUAGCUAUAUUAGAGCAUCUAUGAUUAUAAAAGUAAAUAACAUUAUUAAUAAACCGUUAGACCAUGAUUCAUUAAUUUUUUUUGCAGAAAAUAGAAAUAAAUUAAUCGUAAUACAGAAAGUAUUUUAACCUUCACCUCUGCCAUUAUUGGCUUCUAAGUUAUUAGAUUACAUUUCAUCAAAAGCAAAAGAUAAUAUUGAUAAAUGUCUAUUAAUUUUGAAAUCAAUUUUUCAAAUAAAAUAGAUAUAAUUAACUGAUUAGUUGUAAUUUAUCAAAAUCCUUACUAAUAAUUUCAGUAUAAAUCUUUUGAGUUAUUUAAUUCGAGCAAAUAAGAAAAUACUUAUUUCGUAAACUUCAAUCAAAUUGACGUUAUAUGCGAUAUUUAAUUUAACAUAAAAGAUUAAUAAAACAGAAUUAGGAAUAAUAGAGAUUUAGAGAAAUUUCCUUUUUAAAAGAAUAAAUUUCCCAUUCUUUUUUUUGUGUAUAAGAAAACAAAUACCUCUUUAAUAGAUAAAUUAAUAUUAGAUUUUGAGUUAUAAUUAUCUCGUUUUAGAUUAGAUAAUCUGUUAACAAUUAAGUUAAAAACUAUAUUAAUAAGAUGAAUAAUUAUAUGAAGAAUGGUUUAAAUUAACGAAACCAUAUCUAUUUUAAUUAUCUAUUGAAUAUUAGAAAAUUCAAAAAGUCCAGCAAUAUUAUCCAAAAUAAAUGGAUUUUCCUUUGGAAAACUUCAAUAUAUCAUUAUCAAUUUAUACUGAAGAUGAAUAAAAAUAAAUACUGUCUAAUUGGAUUGAAGAUAUGAGUAAUGUUAAAAAGUUUAAAUUGAUAAUUCCUUUAUUGUUUAAUAUAAUUAAAAGAGGGGAACCCUCGAAAUAACUAUUAUUAUUGAUUAAUUAAAUUUUAUAAUCUAAUAAGGGAACAGCUGACCAAGUUGGUUAUUUUAAUUUAAAAACUUUAUUUUAAAUCUUUUAUAAUAAUUCGACUGAUGAACUAAGAAUAGUUUUAAUGAAAUUUUUUUUAAAAGAAUAUCCAAUUCCUUUCUUAUAUUAAAAUCCAUAAUUGAAAGACUGCUAAUCAAAAUCAGAUUUAUUUUUACUCAAUACUAAUUUAUUUUAUUAUUUUGAAAAAGGUUAUACAAUUAUUAAUUUAUCGUUGAGUCUUAAAUAAAAAUAGAUUGGUAAAACAGAACUUAUCAACGAAAUAUUUUAUCAUCAAGAAAAGUUCUCAAUAAGGGAUACAUGUAAAAUGAAUCAGGAUACAAUUGAUAUAAUGUUUGAUUUUGAAUUCAAUAAUUCAAGAAAUUAUAUUAUUGCUGAUGUUCAUGGAAGGAUAAUUACAGAAAUCUUAAUAAAAAUACUUCCGUUUUUUAAAUUGUGGAUAAUCUAGAUGGAUUCUGAGGAAGAGCUUCAGGAAAACCUAGAGUAAAUUAACAUAAUUAAACAGCAAAUAGGUUAAAAUAUUAACAAUAAAAUAUGUUUGAUAAUAAGAAAUACUAAUAAUAAGAAAAUAGAUGAACAAUUAUUAAAUAAAUAUGAAAUAAAAGAAAAAAAAAUUCAAAUUUUUCAACUUUAAGAUUUUACCUCCAAAGAUAUCGACUAAUAAUUCAGGUAGAAUUAAAUUGAAAAGGUAUCUUAAUUUUUAUUCAAAUGUAUUUUAGAUCAUCAAAAACAUCUAAACUAAAAAGAAAAUCUUAGGGAUGAAUUUUUAACAAUUUUAGAGUAGUUUUAAAAAUAAUAUUCAGUUAAAAUAUUGGAAAUGAAAGAUCAUUACAAUUUGAUUUCUCUGUUCUAAAAAAAAUUGAAUGAAAUUGUAAAUUUAUAGGAUGGGUUUUGUAGUUAAAAGGCAUUUGGUAUUCGAAGGAUAAACUUGGAAAUCUUGAGAUUGAAGAAUCUAAAUAAUGAAUUACACAUUUAGCUUUCAGAAAAUUAAAAGGAAAUAGAAAUGAACAUUGAGAAAAUUAAAGGUUUUUAAUAAUAAAUUCAGUAAUAACAACCGACUGAUUUGUUAAAUCAUUUUUGUGAUGUAUUUAAGAAAAACAAUUAUUACAUUGUUUAUCUAUGGAUUUUAGAUGUAAUAAGAAAUUUUAAUGAAAAUAAUUUAGUAAGCCUAUAAAAAAAAGAGUAGGAAUUAGUUUAAUUGCAGACAGGUUUAAAAUAAGAAAAAAAAUAGCUAAAGAGAAAACACAAUUCUAUGUUAUCGAAAAUCAUUGAAGACCCAAAGUAUCAGGAAAUUAUAGAUAAUAUGCUUUAAAUAAAAUAAUAACUAAAGAAUAAUGAUUAGAAUAUUACUCAUAAAAAUAUUUGUAUUGAAUUAUUUUGGAGAGAAUUGAUUAGUUUAUAGAAAUUUCAAAAGCAAUUAAAAUUUAAUUUAUUAGAAAUACUCUUUUAAUUGAUUAGAAAAGGUGAACCCUUAGAAUUUCUUGAUGGAGAUACAUAAUAAAUUGAUUUUGAAUUUUUAAUUGAAAUUUCAAAGAAAUUCACUUAAAAUAAAUAAGAUAAAACAUUGGUCUUAAGUAUGUUAGGGCCGUAAAGUUCAGGAAAAUCAACUUUAAUAAACAAAAUAUUUGGAUGCCAUCUUUGGGCUAAUGUAGGGAGAACUACCAAAGGAGUAUUUUUACAAAUAUUAUAAGUAUAAAAUAAACAAAAGUAUCAAAAUCAUUUUGACUAAAUUUUAAUUUUGGAUACUGAAGGCUUACAAAAUCCAAAUUAAGUUGAUGAACAAUUUGACAAAAAGAUGGCAUUAUUUAUGUUAUCUGUUAGUGAUAUAACAUUAAUAACCGUAAAAGGAGAAAUUAAUUAAUAAUUUAAGAGAUUAAUUGAAGUGUGUAUUUUUACUUUAGGGCAUUUAAAAUAGGGAUCAUCUAUGGUUAAAUAAUUAAGUUGGAUUUUCAACUAGAAUGAUAAAUGCAAAGAUAUUGAGCCAUUUAGACAGUAAAUUAAGGACAUAGCAUCUAAUUUAAAUUUAUAAUGGGAUGAAAAUCAUAAUGAUGGUUUAGAAGAAGAUAUUGAUUAUGAAGAAAUUUUAGAUACAAAGGGCAAUAUUUGUGUUUUAGGAUUUGUCUCACGUUAGAAAGAUUGGAGCAUAGAUAAUUGGAAUUAAACAGUAAAUAAUCACACUUUUUCUAAAGAAGCUCAUCAAUAAGGAUUAAUAAUAAUUGAACAAUUUAUUUCAAAACUUAAAGAUUCAAAGGCUUCUUUAUAAACUUUUGAUAGUUUUCUUUAAAAUGUUAAAAGAAAUUGGGAUAGUAUUGAAAAAUUGCCUGACAUCUCAGAAUUUAGUGAGGUAAUAGAGCAUUAAUAAAAUAAUAUAAUGAGGCAACAUUUUGACUAAUUUUACAGGAUGGUGGAUAUAUAAUAAGUAAGCUAGAAUUUAUUUUAAGCUACUAAGGAAAAGUUAUUAAAAAAUAUUAACUUGGUUGAUGAUAAGUAAAAAACACUAUAAGAGAUCUAUCGAGAAAUAGAAUAAGAAUUUUUUUAAAAAAAAAACCAAAUUCUUUAGAAACUAAACUCUUUAUAAGAAGAAAUGAAUAUAAAAAAAAAAAUACUUGUUAAAUAUUAAAAAAAAUUGGAAGAAUUAAUCAAUAACGAGGAAAUAACAUGUAAAUAAAAAAUUAACGAAAUCUUUGAUCACUAUAAGGAAAAAUAAUUAAUCAAGAAGAGACGUGGAAAUAUUGAAUAAUUUAUUCAAGAUAUUUUAGAAGACACAUCUAAGAAAUAAAAAUUUUAGGGAAAUACUAAAUUAAUUUAAGAUGGGGUUGAGAAAAUUUGGGAAUCUUUUCGAAACGAAAGCAAAUAACUAUCAUAAUAAUAAUAAUAAAAAAGUGCCGAUGUUUACUUUUUUAAUAUUCAAAGUAUCUCUAAUCAAUACAAAUUGAAUACUAAAAAUGAAAUAGAAUACAUUAACUAUUUUCAUAAAUAUAUCUUAUAAGAAAAUCCAUAUAAUAUUUUAAGUUAAGAAUUUGAUUAAAUUUUUGAAGUAUUUAAAAAAGAACUUUAUGAAACUGAUUAGUUUCUAAUUUUAGAAUAAUAUAAAUAAAAUUUAGCGUAUUAAGAGAUUUUUUAUUAAAGUAUUAGGGACAGAAUAGAAAAAUCUAAAGAUUAAUUAAUUAAUAUGAAAGAGUUUUUUUAUCAAGAAAUUACAUAUAAUAUUGUUACCAAGUAAGAUAUUUAGCUCUAUCUCAACAAUAAAAAUUGUUUAGCACAUGAUUUUUUUGAAUAUUUUAACAAAAAUAAUUAAUGCAAUAAUUUAAAAACAAAAUUUAAUAAUUAUUUUGUUCUUUUAGAUUAUUUUCAAAUUUUUUAUGACUAAUAGUGUAAGAAAACGUUAGAAGACAUUAUAAUUCAAGGCAAUAAAAAAAUAUAUUCUGGUAAUGCUCGAUCAAGUAAUUGGAGCAUUUCGAAAUUUGCGAACGAAGCCUUCUUGAAAUUUUAACGAAAUUUGAAGUUUAAUGAGAACAAUAACAAUAUUGAUUUAUCAGACAAAGCGACUUUAUCGUAAUUUAAAGAAAUCUAUUAAAAUUUAAAGGUUAAAGAAGUAAUAAAUAAAUCAUGGUAGGAUAUUCAAACAUUUAAAAGCAAUCUUUAAUAAAAUUCCAUUAUAAUUAAUACAAAAAUUGACAUUUAUGAAUAUAAAUCAUCUAAUUAAGAAUCAUUCAAAUAUAUAUUGAAUCCUUAAGGGGAUAUCCCUGAUCACUUUAGAAAGAAUUUCCCAAAACAAUUUAACACAAUUAUGAUUGAAAAGGAAGGUUGGAAAAAACUGUAUUAGGAGCUCUACUUAUUAAUUAAAAAAGAGAUAAGUUUAAAAAAACAUAUAAAUGAUUAAAAUAAUUAUAAUGAAGAUUAGAAUUAUUAAUAAUAUAACCCAAAUUUGAUCAUAUAGAUCAUGCAAAAGAUUAAAAACAACAUUAAAGUUAAAUAUAACAAUUAUUUUGCCUUGUUUGGUAUUAGAUUAACUGAUGUAGGAGAAAGGUGCAUAUAUUAUUAUUCUAUGUUAAUUAUCUGGAGAUUUAUUUGUUAUUCUUGUUCAUAUUUGAAAAAUAAAAAUUAUUAACUUAAGAAUAACUACCAAAAUGAAUUAUGUCGAUGCUUUGCAGAAAUUAAUCAAGAUAGUAGACAAUAAAGUUAGAUAAAAGCGAGACAGUUAGUCACAAAACUAUAAGCUUAAUUAAAAUCUAACUUUUUAAUCAGAAAUAAAAAACAAUUUCUAGAAGAUAUUAACAACAAAAGUAUAUCAAAUGCUGAGCUUAUAGAAUAAAUAGAUAAUGAAUUACUAAUUAAUGCCAAUGAUAAUAUGAUGAAAGAUAGAGAAUUUUAAUAAAAAUUAUUUUCAUAUACGACUGAUUAAAAAUCUUAUAUUAAUAAAUACAUAAACGAAAUGCUAUCAUAAUUUAAGGAUCAUUUAAUCCAGAAAUAUUCUAAUGAAUAUCAAAAAGAAUUAUAGUAAUAUUUUGUUGAUAUUAAAGAAAAUGCUUAGACUUUUUUCUAAUCUCUUCAUAAUCAAAAUGAGGAAGUUUCGACAAUUGUGUAUUUUAUAAAAGAUGAAAAUUUAUAGAAUCAAAUAAUUUAUGAAAAUUAUUUAUUUGAUUUAGUUUUUUCUUGCCUUCAUGGUAAGUUUAUGAGUAAUAGUAAAAUUUAAGACAAGUAUAAGAUAUUGUUCAAUAGUAGUAAAUACAAAUCUGUUAAAAACAAUAUUCCUUUAUCUUUUUAAUAAUAAUAAAAGAAACAAGUUCAUAAUUUAAAGACUUUCAUUUAAACAUUAAUCUAGUCAAUAGAUCUACUUUUAAUUAACAUUAGUAAGUCGAACAUUACUCAAAAUGACUAUUAAUUUAAUGAAGAAUUUAUUAAAUUAAGAUUUAAAAUGAAUGGUUGUGAAUAUGCUUGUCCAUUUUGUAAUAGAAAAUGCGAUUAAGAUAAUGAUGAUAAUCAUAAACAUCAAUGUUAAAAUGGCCAUUAACUUCUAAGUAAUUUAUUAUUUAAUUAGGUAUCAAUGGCUUUUUGUAUUAAAAACGCCUAUUCUUAUAUGCUUGUGAAGAAAUUCCCGAUUAAUGGUAAAUACAUACAUAAGAAGCUAAAUUAAAUAGAACUUGGAAAGAAGCCAAAAAAAUACAUUCAACCUGGUUGUUCAAAAGUUAGAAUGGUGAAAAUAGAUUAAAAAAUAAAAGGAAAUGGGCAAAUAUUUGGAAUAAAGGUUUGGGAAAAUUAAUAUGUUCUUAUUUAGAAAAAAAAUUGAAGGUAAUUAUCAAAUACUCCUAAAUAACUGCAAUUUUUAAAAUUCAUUAUAUUCUCAUUUUGAAUGAUACAAGUAAAAUAAAGGGUGAGAAAUGGGAAACUGUAAAGAAUGGGGCAUUAGAAUGCAUCAAGUUAAUGGAAAAGAUACAUGAUGCAAGAGUAAGUAUAAUAAUAUUUAAUGAUAAUGCCAGAAUUGCAGUUGAAUGUGAAUAGCCAAAUACAAAUGCAAUCAAUAAAAAAAUACAUUUUUCUGGAGGCAAUACUGAUUUUGGGCCUCCAUUUUAGUUUGCUUUAAAUCUGAUUGAUAAACAUCAAAAUUUUACAAAGUAUGGAAAUUAACAAUAUUAGAAUAUAAAUAUUAUUUUAUUCUGAUGGAGAAGCAUCCUAUCCUAAAUCUAUCAUUGAUCAAUUUAUUAAACUGCCAGACUAAAUUAGAAGCAAUAUUAAUUUGAUAGGGUGUUCAGCAGAAAAAACAUCAAAUUCUUUAGCUUUAAUUGUCAAUAAUUUCAAAGAAAAUAUGGCCUCAGGAGAGUUAAGAAAUUCUAUUGAGCCUAAAGAUAUUUAAAUAAUAUGGAAAGAGGUUGUGAUGAGAGAAAUUCAUUAAACAUAAUGUAUGAGAUUAAAUUAAACUUUAUCUGCGUUUAGAAAUUUAUGA